AUGGAUGAUAAGGGUCUUUUAUGUCUGCUGCUGGGACUCAUCAUUCUCUGUUCACUUCUCACAGGUAUGAGUGAAGCAGAAGAGACUCAUGUGUUCAGUAGUUCAGGUGAAAAUGUCGCUCUGCCCUGUAUUAAUGCUCUUUCUAACUGCACCUCAACUACAUGGAACUACAACAAACAUAGAUCAUCAGGUACAGUAGAACUGAUUGCUGGAGGAUUAAAGAAGAAAAACAUAGAGAGAGCUGAGAGACUGAGUCUGGGGUCUGACUGCUCUCUGAACAUCUAUAAAAUAACAGAAGAAGAUCAUGGACUUUACAUCUGCCUACAAUAUGUGAAUGGACAAAAACAUGGAACUGAUGAACCAAUUUUUCUACAUGUUCUUCAUGUUUAUCCAUCAUCCACACAGACUAAGAUGAGAUCAGGCAGCUCUGUGACUCUCACCUGUCAGUUGUUUUCAUAUGAAGACUCUUGUAGUUUGGUCCGUCCUGAUGAUCUUCAGCUGUUCUGGGUGAAUCAGGCUGAUGUUAAUCUACAUGAAGACUCCAGAUAUCAGAAGUUAUCAUCAGGACAAUGUAUCAGGACUCUGACUACAACAUUCCAGAAUGAAGACAACAACACAAAGUGGAGAUGUUUAGUUAAAAAGAAGAAUGAGAAUAAGACCUCAGCCAGCUAUACUGUCAAGUUUACAAAACCAACCAAGACAGACACAGUGACUGCAGUCACCACCAUAAACACUGAGAGACGCACAACUCUUAACUCACCAGUAACUGCUAUACAACACAGUCAAGCAUCAACUACAACAACAACAACAACAACACUAAUACAAGCUGUAUCCGUUUGUAAGAAAACAUCAAGUCCUACAGCACCAUCAGCUCCUAAACAUCAAGUGCCUGUGAUUGCUGCUGUGGUUGCUGCAGUAGUUUUUCUCUUUGCUGUUGUCCUUCUUGGGGUAAUUUGUAUAAAAAGAUCAGGUUCAUUCUGCUGA